UAAACCCGCGAACGUACUCUCGUCGGUUUAUGUUUUGGUUUACCUGGCUUACCUGUGGCGGCGGUGCAGUGGCGUUGCAUCAGUUUUCACCUGUUGACUGCUUUUUUCCUGUAUCACCCACCGCAAAGUGAGUGAAAAACGCGAGAGCAUAAAAAGCUUGCGUCACAAUUGAUAGAACGUCAAAUUUCCGUGACAAACUUUGCUUCCAUGGUAACGUACGGCGGUGAAAAGCGGUAAACAAAAAUUUUUCGCUAUCUUCGAGCACGGUCCAGAUUUUUCACUUGAAAUUGCGUGAAAAUGGUUAUCUUUUAAUUCCGGUUGGCGAUAGUGUGGUACGCAACUGUACCUGGGAAAAAACGAUAAUGAGCAGCGAGAAGGUACUCUAUCGUCACGAAGAUCCACACGGUCAGGGCGAUGUGUACUUUUUGUGGCAAACCGGUGGUUCGGCGCAACUGAUGGCCACAACCGGAAGUGAUGGCACGGUAGCAGUUUUCAAUCGGCAAGGUCAAUUGAUUGAGCGAAUCGUUCUGCAAAGCCUCUGCGCAGGAUUUGCCUGGGACAGGGACGGUGAUGUGCUGGCAAUCAUAACGCAGAACUCAUCGCAGUUGAUCGUAUGGGAUGCACAUUCUCAGAGAAAGCAAAGUGUCGAUAUUGGCGUGCGAGAUCCGCCGAGUUGUAUUGUGUGGUCGAAGCGGGGAAGUUUGCUAGCGGUGGCUACCACCCGUGGGAACCUUUCGAUCUAUAAUCAUGCGACAACGAAACGAAUUCCAAUACUGGGAAAGCAUACCAAAAGGAUUACCUGUGGAGCAUGGUCCACGGAAAAUGUUCUAGCUCUGGGGAGUGAGGACAAGUGUCUGUCGUUAAGUAAUGAGGAAGGCGAUACGCUUCGGUCGGUCCAGCUGCGGGACCAUCCUAGUGAUAUGCACUUUGCGGAGAUGAAAACCGACGAAAGGGUACCGGGUGAAAAUACGAUCAGCAUGAUACUGGGAAAGCGAACGCUUUUCCUGUACCAUCUGCCAGAGCCGGAUUCACCGACCGAACUUGGAUUUCAGCAACGAUACGGUUCGUUGCUGCAGCACAAGUGGUUCGGCGAUGGCUAUGUCCUGCUAGGAUUUAGCUUGGGGCACGUAGUGGCUAUUUCCACCCAUCCGAGAGAGGUUGGCCAGGAACUGUGGCAAGUUAAAAAUCAUCGAGAUUCUCUGAAUAGUAUUGCAGUGUGCAAAGAGCUUGAACUGAUCGCUUCCUGUGGGGAUAACAACGUUAAAAUACAUUCGAUGUCAAACCUUCAGGAAACGGUUAAAAUACUAACCCUUCAUGAUCAGGCAGCGAUGAAGAACAUCGAAUGGAGCUCCGACGGUCAACUGUUGGGUGUGACUACUUCGCAGGGCGCUAUCUGUGUGUUUGUUACCAAGCUUCACUCAUUGUGUGCAAUAUUUCCGCCCAGAAUUGCGUUACUAUCAAGCCUAGCGGAAGUAGCUAUCCACCACUAUGCACCGGAUAAGGUUAAAUCCGCUCCGACCAUGAUUGCACUGGAGAUUGAACCGUCGUUUCUGGCGAUCGGUCCGUUCCAUUUGGCUUGCGGCAUGAACAAUCAUGUAUGGUUUUACGAUUUAGGUCGGUCACUUAAUGACAGUCCACUACUGUUGGGCGAUCGGGAAUAUAUGUCGGAAAUAAAGAGCGUGGCGCUUAGUGCGGAAUAUUGUGCCGUGCUCUGCGGGGGACAAAUUAUGCUGCAUCCGAUCGAAUCAACCAAUGAGGCAACCAUGAAUCGUGAACCGAAAGUUUUUCCAGACGAAAUCCGCGGUAUGGCUGAAUCAGUCAUCACGUGCCUGGCACUGACCAACGAUUUUCUCUGCUUUGCUACAGAUCUGGGCAAUAUAAUUCAUUUCUCACUGGAGCGUUGGGCUACGGUGAUUCAGUUUCGACAUCAAGUCGGUAUAAAAGCUUUGUAUUCUGACCUGGAUGGAACGCGAAUGGUGCUGAUAGAUGACCAUAGCCACGGGUAUGUGUACAUUUCGGCUACCGAGGAAACGAUACGCAUACCGGAAAUGCCUAAGCACGUCGUUGGCGUGAUGUGGGAUUACUCACAUCCGGCUGUGUUUGUUGUGUUCGAUCGAAACAGCUGCGUAACGUACGCUUUUGUACGAGCCUCGAUCUAUGGUAAAAAAGUGGAGAAGGUUGGUACAACUAGUCUGAUCAGUGAACAGAUUCCGCUGAUGCUGUACGACGGAGAACUUUGUCUGCAUGGCAGUGGAGGAAGAUUGAGUACGGUUGUGUUGGACACACAUGCGAAUAAACCCGGCAGGGACGCCAAAGAACAGUUGCAUGCUGUAACAACGAUGAGAAAGUACAACGAAGCUUGGGAGUUGUGUAAUCUGCUGGGUGAUUUGGACGAAUGGAAGCGAUUGGGGCAAUCAGCGAUAGCUGAUUUGAACAUUUCAUUCGCUUUAAAAGUGUAUCGUCAAAUGGGGGACGUUGCGAUGGUUUAUGCCCUUGAAGAUAUAGUACAAAUAGAGGAUCUCAAUACAUUGGCUGGUUUCUGUGCUUUACUGUUGGAUAAAGUGGAUGAAGCGAAGACUUUGUUCACGAAAAGUGGUAACCCUCAAGAAGCUUUGGAGCUGUGCCGAGACUUGUUACAGUGGGAACAGGCCAUGGCUCUUGCUGGCUCACUGGCUCCAGAGCAGCUUCCGUUUCUGGCGCGAGAGUAUGCCCAGCAGUUGGAAUUCACAGGCAAUCAAGCGGAAGCAUUGAAGAACUACGAGCGAGGUCUCAAAAGCGAUAUCCUGCCAAAAUCGUCGGAAGGGGUGAUCGAGCAGGAACUACUGGAUCAGCACGUUGCUCUCUGCAAAGCAGGAAUCUCCCGCACCAGCGUAAAGUGUGGUGACUAUCGGCGUGGAGUACAGCUGGCACUGGAGCUGGACGACAAGCAGCUGUACAGUGAUUGUGGCGAAGCACUCGUCGCUGCUGGAAAUCUGAACGAAGCUGCAAAUCUACUGGAACGAGCGGAAAGUUGGGACAAGUGUUGUGAAUUGUAUAUUCACCUAAAACUGUGGAAAAAGGUAGACCGGAUUCUACCCAACGUGACCAGCCUUAAGUUACAUGCUGCUUAUGCCAAAGCUAAGGAAGCGGAAGGACGCUAUGCAGAAGCUAUCAACAGUUACCACAUGGCGGGCGAUUUGGAUAGUGUCGUAAGAAUAUACCUUGAGCAUCUCUCGGAUCCGCACAGUGCUUCCGAAAUUCUGCUUGAAACUCGUUCAGUUGAAGGCUCCAAAUUGUUGUCAAAAUACUUUGAACAACAUGGCGAUUAUGAAUCAGCAAUUCAGUUUCUUCUACUUUGUGGCUCAAUAGCCGAUGCAUUUACAAUCGCGCAGAAACAAAAUAAAAUCCGGUACUACGGAGAAGUUUUGGAGCAAAGCUCCAAUGCAAAGCCGAGUGACUACCUGUUGCUGGCAACGUACUUUGAAAACGAAAAAUACACUUUACUCGCUGGAAAGUACUACUUUCUAGGAAAAGAAUACGCUAAAGCUUUGAAGCAUUUACUCAAGGCGGCUUCCUUUAGUAAUGAGGAAAGCAUGGCUCUCUCACUCGCAAUCGACUGCGUCGCUUCAGCAAAUGAUGAAAAACUUUCCAACCAACUCAUAGAGUACUUGCUCGGAGAGGUGGACGGCGUUCCGAAAGAUCCAAAACUGCUCUUUCGUCUCUAUAUGGCUAAACGGCAGUUUAAGGAGGCAGCCAAAGCGGCAAUGAUUAUUGCCAACCAAGAGCAAAUUUCCGGCAACUAUCGAAGUGCUCACGAUUUGCUCUUUUCGAUGUAUCAAGAAUUGAAGCGAAACAACCUUACCAUAGCGUCCGAUAUGAGAGCAUCUCUCACACUGUUGCACCGGUAUACGUUAGUUCGGACACACGUAAAACGAGCCAAUCAUCUGCUGGCAGCGAAGCUGCUCCUAGAAGUUUCCAAGAACAUUUCUCAAUUUCCGUCACACGUCGUUCCCAUACUGACAUCGACGGUCAUCGAGUGUCACCGGACUGGUUUGCGGAAGUCGGCCUUCGACUAUGCGGUAAUGUUGAUGCGUUCGGAGUUUCGAAACCAAAUAGAUGCAAAGUAUGCCAAAAAGAUAGAAUCAAUUGUGCGCAAGCCUCCCCGCGGACAGCUGGAGGACGAAGGUGGCUACGACGGCAGUCCGUGUCCGGUGUGCGAUGCUAGCCUGCCGAACAUGGACUUCAUCUGUGGUCAGUGUAAGACCACUUUGCCCGUUUGCAUUGCCACGGGCCAGCAUAUUAUCAAGGAUGAUGUGGCAGCCUGUCCCGAGUGUGAUUUUCCUGCUCUGAAAGCAGAAUUCGUCAAAAUUUUGGAAUCAACCGACAACCAGUGCCCGAUGUGUGGGGAAGAUAUCGAUGGCAGUAGAUUGGUGGAUAUCGGAGACAUCGAACCGUACAUCGGAACGGGAACGUGAUCUGUUAUUAAAGGCUCUCUUACACAGUAAACUCGAAGUAACAAAAGUCAUGGCAUGGCAUUCCUUAAGCGUACCUUAACUGAUAAUUUAAAGUGCUUUAAUGUGAGUAUCUCAGUUUUUUAUUUGCAUAUUAUAUAUGUGAUUUAU